AUGUGGCGGUGCUCGAUUCCGUUGGGCCGUGCUGGAGAAGCUGCCCACCUACGACGACCGCGUCCGCCGCGCCAUCGUCCCGCGCUCAGCCUCGUCGACGUGCUCAGCCUCGGCCCGCGCGAGAGGCGGGCGCUGCUGAAGCGCCUCGUCCGCGUCGCCGACGAGGACAACGAGCGGUUCCUGCUCAAGCUCAAGGCCAGGGGCGCUGACGCCGGCGGUGGUGCUCGCAUUGGUGCUGGGUUCACCUGGGCGGUAAGUGCUCGAUGGAAUGCCAAGUAG